AUGGACAAAAGCCUGGCUUGGAAGCCCGGCAUAUUAAUGCGAGCCUAUGUGCCAAAAGAAUAUUUACAUCUGAUUGAUAGACGUCAUGUUGAGAGAAAGAAUUGCGCUGAUUUGUAUAACAAAGGUAUAAGACAAAAUGGAGUUUACAGGAUUGAUCCAGACGCCAAAGGCAGCUUCAAUGUUUCCUGUGAUAUGACGACAUUUCGUGGAGAAUGGACAGUGUUUCAACGUCGUCGUGAUGGCAGUGUUGAUUUCUACCGAGGAUGGCAAGAUUAUAAGCAUGGCUUUGGUGAUUUGAACGGAGAAUUCUGGCUUGGACUAGACAAAAUCUACAGACUUACAAUUGCUUCUAAGAACGAGCUGCGUAUCGACAUGGAAGAUACUUCCACGAACAAGAAAUACGCAGAAUAUGAUUUCUUUGCUGUUGCUAAUGAGAGCCAGAAAUAUCAACUUAGUCUUGGCACUUACACUGGUACUGCAGGAAAUUCCUUCUCGCACCACAAUGGUAUGGCGUUCUCCACAAAAGAUUCCGACAGUGAUAAGUUUAAUACAAAUUGCGCUGUGCAAUUCAAGGGUGCCUGGUGGUAUAAUAAGUGUCAUUUAUCAAAUCUCAAUGGUCUGUAUCGUCAUGGUGCGCACAAAUCAUAUGCUGAUGGUAUCAUUUGGCAUUCAUGGGAAGAUUAUUUCUAUUCCCUGAAAAGUACAUCGAUGAAAAUCCGCCCGCAGUCAUUUCAUAGUACAAGAAAUGCAAGGAAAUAG